AACCCUGACCACCCCCGCACCUUUAAGCUUUCGAGUGGAGGAAGCAUAGGAUAUAAGUGCAAAGGAUAUUUUAGAAUGUGCUGUCAAGGCACAUCAAUAAUAUAUUCCCUUUCCUCUCCAUAUAUAACGAUUUCCAGGGCUUCCAGUAAACACUCACUGGGCUAUUCACAUAUUCGCCUACCACUUUCUUUCCUCUCACAACAUUUGCUUCACCUAUACCUACAAGAGAGAAAGAUGGUCAAGUUCUCUAAGCAGUUUGAAGGGCAGCUUGUUCCCGAAUGGAAGGAAGCUUUUGUUGAUUAUUGGCAACUCAAAAAGGACCUCAAGAAAAUACAUCUCCAUAAUGAUAAUAACACAGCCCCCAAGACUCAAACCACUUCUUUAGCCAAUAACCUCUUAUCUUCUAUAGGGAUGUUCUCUUUAUUCGGUGGCCAGCGUAGAGACCAUGGUGUUAUUCAAGUUCACAAGAAACUCGCUGCUUCCGCUAGCAAAGGAGAUUUGUAUGAGACAGAAUUGCUAGAGCAGUUUGCUGAUACUGAUGCCGCCAAAGAAUUUUUUGCAUGUUUGGACAUGCAACUUAACAAAGUGAACCAAUUUUAUAAAACAAAGGAGAAAGAGUUCCUGGAAAGAGGAGAGUCUUUGAAGAAACAAAUGGAGAUUCUGAUUGAGCUCAAAACUAUUCUCCAGCAAAAGCGCAAAGGAGCUUCAGCCCAGGAGGACUCCAAGGAGGACGCUUCCAUUUCUUGCACUAUCUCAUGUGAGGAAUCUGUUAAGGACAGAACAGAACAAGAACAAGAACAAUUGCAAGACAGCUACACAGAUGAAUUGGAAAGGAAUGAUGUGUCCUUUUCAGACUCUCCAAGGUCAGAUGAGAUUGGAAAACCAAUGGGAAUGAAAAGAGAGGAUGGAAAAUUAACAACACUUUCAGGUCGAGUUUUCAGUUGCCAGGGAAAGAACUUAAGAAUAAACAUUCCUCUGACAACACCAUCUCGUACCUUCUCAGCCAUCAGUUACUUAGUUCGGGACGAUUUAUUCAACCAGUCUUCAAAGAAAUGUGGGCCUGAAGGGAGUAAGCUGCAUAUCAACAAGUCAAAGUUGCUUCAUGCGGAGAAGAUGAUAAAAGGAGCUUUAAUAGAGCUGUAUAAAGGAUUGGGUUAUCUCAAAACUUACAGGCACUUGAACAUGCUUGCUUUUAUAAAAAUUCUGAAGAAGUUUGACAAAGUUACUGGAAAACAAGUUCUUCCCAUUUAUCUUAAAGUUGUUGAGAGUUCCUAUUUCGACAGCUCAGACAAGGUAAUGAACUUAGCAGAUGAAGUUGAGGAUCUCUUUAUCAAACAUUUUGCUGAUGAAGAUCGCAGAAAGGGUAUGAAAUAUCUUAGACCACAACAGCGUAAAGAAUCACAUGCUGUAACCUUCUUCAUUGGACUCUUUACUGGUUGUUUCAUUGCCCUCCUUGCGGGAUACAUCAUUAUGGCUCAUCUCACUGGAAUGUACAGAAGAAAACCAGAUUCAAUCUAUAUGGAAACAGCCUACCCUGUACUUAGCAUGUUCAGUCUGUUGUUCCUACACUUCUUUUUGUAUGGUUGCAACAUUUUCAUGUGGAGAAAAGCUCGUAUCAAUUAUAGCUUCAUCUUUGAGCUAGCUCCAACCAAGGAGCUUAAGUACAGAGAUGUGUUCUUAAUCUGUACCACUUCAAUGACAGCUGUUGUGGGAAUCAUGUUUGUUCACUUGUCACUAAUUACAAAAGGGUAUUCACACACCCAGGUUCAAGCAAUCCCAGGUCUCCUGUUAUUGAUCUUCUUAUUAUUGCUAGUCUGCCCUUUCAAUAUCUUCUACCAAUCAAGUCGUUAUCGUUUCCUUUGCAUGAUAAGGAACAUAAUUUUAUCUCCUCUCUACAAGGUUGUCAUGUUGGAUUUCUUCAUGGCAGAUCAACUUUGUAGUCAGGUACCAAUGCUUAGGAACCUGGAGUAUGUGGCUUGUUAUUACAUAACUGGAAGCUACAAAACUCAAGACUACGGAUACUGCAUGAGAGCCAAGCAUUACAGAGAUCUUGCUUAUGCAGUGUCCUUCUUACCCUAUUACUGGAGAGCUAUGCAGUGUGCUAGGCGGUGGUUUGAUGAAGGACAGACAAGUCACCUUGUCAAUCUAGGUAAAUAUGUUUCAGCAAUGUUGGCAGCAGGGGCCAAAGUGGCCUAUGAGAAAGAAAGGAGUAUCGGAUGGUUGUGUCUUGUAGUGGUCAUGUCAAGUGCUGCAACAGUGUACCAAUUGUAUUGGGACUUUGUAAAGGACUGGGGUUUGCUUCAAUUGAAUUCCAAGAACCCUUGGCUAAGGAAUGAACUAAUGCUUCGGCGAAAGUUCAUUUACUACUUCUCAAUGGGAUUGAACCUUAUCCUCAGGCUUGUUUGGCUGCAAACGGUUCUUCAUUCAAGUUUUGAGCAUGUUGAUUACAGAGUAACUGGGCUGUUUUUGGCGGCACUUGAAGUCAUUAGAAGAGGAUUGUGGAAUUUCUACAGGUUGGAGAAUGAGCAUCUAAACAAUGCUGGCAAGUUCAGGGCAGUCAAGACAGUACCACUUCCCUUUCAUGAAGUAGACGAUGAAGACUGAUGCCCCAUUGGAAACGGUUGCUCUUUUAGAAUAUGAUUCGGGUCAACAGUAUUCUUUUAUCAGCAGAAGUUUUCCAGGUGGAACCAUGUUGUUCUUAUUCAAAUUGAUCAACAAGACAUCAACUUUAUUGUUCCAAUGAUAAUGGAAAACAGUUUAUACUUGUAUACAAAUUCUUCAACAAGCAAUAGAAAUUGAUGCAAGUCACUCUGUGUUAUCAACUUGUUAGCAUCUUCUUACAUUAAACAUGAUCAUAUAUGAUUGCUCUUGUAUUUUCUCUUCAGAACCUAAGAGCUUGGCAAAACUCUUAAUCAGGGGCAUGUUUAAUCAUUAAAGUGCUACAUAACAGAGUUGUCAGUUGAGGUCGUGUGUGAAGUGAAUAUCAAAAUACGCCUUUGAUGUUGAAUUUUU